CGGUGGGUUGGAACUGCUAACAUUCCCUGGCGGCCGUGUUAUCCACGAAGUGACGCUGUGUAUCAGCCUAAUGGCCGACAAGAUAUACAAAAUGUACAUUAGUACACCAUUCCGAGGCACAAAUUCAAUUCCUCCUUAUGAUUAUGUGUAUGUGUCCGUGUUCUUAGAGCAAAUAUGGUUCAAGCUAUGGACACGGCGCUCAGGACUAGCAUUCCAUAGCGCAAAGCACACCGUUCGAUAGCGCAUGCGAAGAAUACAGUCGGGUUUUUCCUCAGAAUGUUCACUGUGGUACACAAUGGGCACAGUAAUUACGCCCCUGUGCGCUAGGUAAGGGUGUUACAGCAACACCAGAACGCUAGCUUUUUGUAAGGUCUAUAAUUGAUAGCAAUAAACGAAAAUGGUGUUCCAACGCUAAACUUUUGCGCGGUCUAUUGGUGACAAUAAACGAAAAAUAACAUGAGAACACUGGCGGAUCCAGAAAGGCGGUAUUGGACUCUGCGCGAGGACAUAACUACCCUUCAAAAAAUGUCUCUAAAUUUUAAAAAAGUCAUCGUAUUUCGAUUUCCUACCUACUCUCUACUGUGCAAUUUAAAGCUAACUGUUCGCCAUAAAAGUCGUUAAGCUUUCGUUUUAUUGUCGAAAAAACGCAUUUUUCCGAUUUCGGGUGCCACUUUGAGAAGGGGAGCAGUUGCCUCAAAUGCCCCUGGAUUUGCCAUGGUGCAUGAGAACUGUCAAGGUAUGACCUAUGACAUACAAUGAACAAACGCACGUCUUGUCUCCAUGUGUACUAGCAAUGAGUUACUGCCACUUAAGCAUGUGAGAAAAAUCCUCGUAGGUGACCGAUGAUGCCCGGAAUAUAUCAUCAACAUAACUUUAUUUGAUGCAUUUGUCAGCUAAAUUAGCAAGUCAUCUACCCAUAAGGCGUAACCAUAGACUACUCUAUAUCAGUAAUACAGUAGGCUAUGGCGCAACGGAAUGAAACGUGUAGUAACAACCAUAACUAAACAAAUUGAAUUUUGUCUGGUGAGUUAAAAUUACACCCUCGAUGCGGAGUGUACUUCAACAUAUACACAAAUGCAACUACAAUGACCGCGGCCAUCCGACCUCGGAGCGCUCAGACCGCGUCGGCGUCCGUCGCUGCCGACUAUAUCCGACGCUCCAGUCGGUGGCUGGGAUAGACAGGACGACCGGCCCGGCACAGACGGGUCUGUGGGGUGACUGGAGCCACCCGCCCGGUCCGCGGCGGCGGGCGGACGUGCGCCCCGGAGCCGCAGACGGCGCCCGCUCCCGUAUGGAGGAGGACGGGGCCGAGCCGGGCCCGGCCACGGCGCGUCGCCGCCGACUCGGCAUGGAGCGCUGCCUGCUGUGCCUGACACUGGUGCUGCUCAGCUCCAGUCUGGGACUGGUGCUGGCGGUGACACAGGUGGUUGGUGAUGUGGAGCGGUCGCCGGCCGUGAACGCCUCCUCUGAGGGCGCGGGGAACGCCACCGCACUGGGGACGGAGGAGCGGAACACAGCCGGCACUGUCGGCACCGGGACCGGCUCAGCACGGCUGACACGCAGUGUAAACGCGACGGGUUUGUGCGUCACACCGGAGUGUGUGUGGCUGGCUGCUCAGCUGGUUCGGUACGCCGACCCGUCGGCCGACCCCUGCCAGGACCUCCACCAGGCCGCCUGUGGCCGCUGGAUCCGAGAGUCCCGGAUCCUCGGACUCUCCAGCCAUGAGUCCGGGUACAGCAUCAGCGCCGACUACGUGGAGAGCAAGGUGGAGCGGCAGCUGCGGGAUUUGCUAGAAGGAAGAAAAAGUUCUUCAGAUGGUAUUGCCUGGGCGCAAUACUUCUAUCAGCACUGUGUCUACGAGAUACGCGGCACUCAAAGCGACCUGGAUGAAUCUGCCGACUUCAUCCUACAGGAGGUGCUGGGCGGCCUGGCGGUGCGGCGAGCCCCCGACCUGACGACGGCCCUGCUGCGGCUACAGCGUCUGACCGCCAGUGCGCUGGUGGAUAUCGGUCUGAUGGAAGGGUCGGGUGACAGACGAAGACCGGCGCUCGUGGUCGACCUGCCCUCCCAGGACUGGGGAGGAUUGGCGGCACUCCGGCGGACGCGGGGUCGCUUCAGCCGCACCGGGGACCUCAGAGACGGCCGAGGGACGCGUGGCCGGCAAACCCAGGCGAGACGGAGGGCCAGGUCGGCAGGCGUCAGAACGAACAAACGGCGGGCGAAUUCACGCCGUAUCACUCCGGUUACUCUGCUGGUGCCGCCGGAGCACGGCGACUACGACUACGGCGACUACGGCGACCACGACUACGGCGACUACGGCCGGCUGGACGGCAUCGGCUGGAGUUGGGACGAAGCCGGAGACGGUGGACCGUUCUAUGGACAGGAGGGAGAGGGAUCGGAUGAGCCUCUCCGUACAGCCAGUCAGCUCUAUGAGGAGUCGAAGAAUGCAAGUUUGACGGAGAUGUUGGAGGGAAUGUCGUCCUACUUCUGGGAAAAUAUCGUAGCCAACGGCCAUUUUCCGGAACAUUUGGCAACUGACGAGAUUGAUCACAUGCUUCAAUUUAUGGAAGACCUUUACAAGAUUCUGCCGACUGCGCAGGAAAGAGUGGUCUCUGAGGCGCGGCUCCACCUAGAGCCGGCGCUUACCGUGGAGCUACUGCAACUCCAGUAUCCUUACCUGGACUGGGAGCGGUACCUGUCAGGUGUGAUGCGGCGGCCGGUGCGGGGAUCUGACCCUGUACACGUGCGGUACCCGCGGUACAUGCAGCGACUGGGGGACCUUCUGGACCGGUACCAUCCUAGCGUGGUUCACAACGCCGUCCUGCUGCGCUUCAGGACCGUGUUCCUGGCGGAGAUGGUGGACUCCCUGGUCAGUGCUGACACCAGCCUGUCGGCCGGCCAGCAGCUCUGUGUCUCCCUCACAAAGGAGGCAUUCCCUGUGGCCGUGGCCGCCCUGUACGUCAGAAAUGUCGGCAAACAGAGAGUCGAUCUGCUCAGAGAAAAGGUGAGCUCAAUUCUGGAGGAGAUUCGUUCCGAGCUGCUGCGCUCUAUCGAGCUGAAGAUGGCAGCGAGUAACGCCACACACACUGCGUCUGACCGGCUUCUAGGCCUGGCCCGGGACAAGAUCGCCGCCACUCGCACCUACCUGCUGGCGCCGGAGAGCCUGUGGAACGACACGUUCGUGAACGUGAACACGCCGCCCGUCUCCAGGCUCUGGAAAACGUCACCUCAGUCUCCAAGGGUGUUGGUGCGGCCUGGAUCCAAGAUGCUGCUGGACCUCUUCAAAGGCCUGAGAAGGGCUCAAGUAAAAACGUUGAAGUUGACGCUUCGAGAGAUGGCAUCUACAGACCCUUUGAGGUGGCCGACGGAGGUGGAGCCUCACACGGCCAACGCCUUCCACCUCCCUGCCAGAAACGCCGUCGGAGUGCCACUGGCGCUGCUGACGGAGCCGUUCUUUCACGGAGACGUUCCCGAGUACGUCCAGUUUGCCGUGCUGGGCGUGGUGAUGGCGCACGAGCUACUGCACGGCAUCGACAGCACAGGUCUCAGUUUUGACGAGACGGGUGCUACGCGCCACCUACCCGGGGCACUUCAGCAAAGAGUGGACGACAAAUUCCAGUGCAUACGGACAGAGUAUGUGUCACCGCUGGUCAAAACGGCCAGCAGUGUCCACCAAACUGUGGAUGUCCAGCUGGACGGUGACCUCACCCUGGGCGAGAACUCAGCCGACUUCAGCAGUCUCUCCCUGGCACUAUCAGCCUACCUUCGACGGCGAGCGCGACUCGGACCCGAGCCAGCCCUACCCGGUGUCAACCUGACCACACAGCAGGCCUUCUUCAUGAGCUUCGCACAGGUGUACUGCGCUGACAUUGACGUCGAUUCGUACGCGGCUCUGGUGGCAGCCAGCACCCACCCUCCGAACCCAGAGCGCGUGAACCGAAUGGCGCGACACACAGCUGAGUUCGCAGCCGCGUUCAGCUGCCGCCCAGGGACACCCAUGAACCCGGAGACGCGCUGUGCUCCCCUAUGGUGAGAGUGGGGACGUGUGAGAACUAGUGGUGAGAACUGAAGUGAGACAUGGUGCGAUGCGGUAGCAACUUGCGGGCGAUGUACUUACACUGUAUAGUAUACAUAUAACUACACUUUGCAACAUGCAUGCAUGUUUUUGCGAGUAUAUAGUUGUGAGAGGUGAGCUUUGAUAUGCAAAUCUGGUGAGUUCUAGUGUGAUUAGGCUUUGGGCUUUACAUAAACUAAGCUGUGGGCUAGCGCUAGAUAUUCUUUGGUAAUAAGCCUUGAAAUAUGAGCCGUUAUCACACUGUGGACGAUGAAUAUUGUUUGCGUUGUACUUUUAUGACUCGGUUAUGUUUUGGAGUGUUGAAUAUGAAGAUCAUGAUAAUCGAGCUGCGUAUGAUUAUUUUCUUUAAUAAUGCUAUCUAUGACGUCUAGCGUCUAUGACAUCUAUGACGUCUAUCUAUCUAUGACGUCCACCUAUAUGACGUACUACGUAGACGUCUUGCGAGUCCGUCUCGCGUUUUCACUCGAUCCGUCAAUCCUCAGUAUUGUGCGUCAGCUUAUGUUGUGUACUUCCUGUGCCAUGGCACGCAUGACAAAACGAAGAUAUCUGGCAAGGACCCAGCUGUUUCAGUGACGUGAAAUAAUUCAUAUAAGUACCACAAAUUCCCAAUUUAUGGUCUAAGAAAAAUGUGUUUCAACCCGACCGCGCAAAAAUCAUGGAUGUCCAACGGUAAUAGGAUUGCGUUUCCAAUACGAUUGCGUUUCCAUAUUCGUUCCGGCUGCUGAAGACGCAUUAGUGUCCUCAAAAGAAGUGGAAACGUGGCCUGUCGGGCUAGAUGGAGAGCGGGUCGGAUGACAG